ACCGCCGUUCCGCUAGAUGGCACUCUAAAACCCCUCACUUCACAGAUAAACAUUUGUUUUCUCAAGAGAGCCCGAACUAGCGCUUCUCUUCAGCCUCAACCGGGCUUUUUACGUCCUGGAAAUGGAGUCAAAUGACGCAGCUCGAGGAGGCUGGAAAAGUAAAUCAGCUCACCAGAAGAGCAAGUUUAACGUUAUAAUGCGUCAGGAGGAGCUCAUAGCACAGAAGAAGCGAGAAAUAGAGGCCAAGUUGGCCGAGCAAGCCAAGCAGAACCUGUCAGCUCCCAGCAAGCCAUCAGCAGAGAGUACCUCUGAAUCGCAGGGACUGACCUCAAACAAGUUUGUGAACGAUGGAAGCUUUCUUCAGCAGUUUCUAAAGAUGCAGAAGGAGAAAUCCAACCCAGAUUCAGCAUCCAGCAGUGACUCCGGAGGAACCUCGUCUUCUUCACAGAGCCAGAAGAAAAACAUUCUGGUUGGGAAACGGCCCGGUUUGGGUGUUGGCAGCAUGCUCAAUCAGUAUAAGAGCUACUCCCAGACCAAAAAGACACCACUUCAGAUCCCUCGACCAAGUAUCUUCAGCUCACCGGACGAAGACGAGGACGAGGACGAGAGCGAUGACGCGCACUACCUGGAGGUUAAAGUUUCCCCCCCAGAGGAUGAAGAUUUGGUCAACAUCAUCAACCGGUUGGCUGCUUUCAUUGCCGAAGGCGGACCAGAGCUUGAGAGGAAAGCUUUGGAAGACUACAAGGACAAUCCCAUGUUCUCGUUCUUAUUUGAGAGGGACAGCAAGGAAUAUCUGUACUUUCGCAAGAAAGUAGCGCGACUUAGACAAGAGAACCAAGGUUCAUCUACACAAACUGAUGUCUCCUCCUCAGUGGACGAGGACACGAAGAAGGUGGCGGAGAAGCUGGCCCGCUUCGUGGCCGAUGGAGGGCCAGAGGUGGAGGCCAUCGCUAUCAAACACAACCACGACAACCCCACCUUCAGAUUCCUAUAUGAUCACCAAAGUCCAGCUCACCACUUCUACAAGUCCAAAGUAGAGGAGUACCGACAGGCCAAAAGUCGAUCUGCACCUCCGUCUACUGUCGAGUCGUCUUCAGGCACCAAGCGCCCGGUUGAAACUCCACCAGUUCCCAACAUCCUCAGUUCAGCCCAAACAGAGCAGAAUAAGGACAUAACUGCUACAGGUGCAAAGCGCAAGAGGAAGAGUCGCUGGGGGUCUGAGGGUGACAGAGUGGACCUGCCGGUCCCUUCUGUCGUCAUCCCUCAAAUGGUUAAGCCAGAUCCUGAUACUCCCACGCUGUCUGAGCAGGAACUGAUAGGAUUGGGUUAUAAGAAAGGGAAGCCGGUUGGGCUGGUGGGAGUCACAGAGCUCUCUGAGGAGCAGAAGAAACAACUCAAAGAACAGCAGGAGAUGCAGGAGAUGUUCGAUAUGAUCAUGAAGCACAAGAAGGCAAUGCAGGACAUGCAGCUGAUGUGGGAGAAGGCUGUGCGGGAGCACCAGCAUGAGUACGACAGCGAUGAGGAGAUCGACUCCAAGAACGGCACCUGGGAACACAGACUCCGAAAGAUGGAGAUGGAAAAAACAAGGGAGUGGGCCGAGCAGCUGACUGAGAUGGGGAAAGGAAAGCAUUUCAUUGGUGACUUUCUGCCACCUGAUGAGCUGGAGAAGUUCAUGGAAACAUUUAAGGCUCUAAAGGAAGGCAGAGAUCCAGACUACUCCGAGUAUAAAGAGUUCAAGCUGACUGUAGAGAACAUUGGUUUCAAGAUGCUGAUGAAGAUGGGCUGGAAGGAGGGAGAGGGUCUGGGCACCGAGGGCCAGGGCAUCAAGAACCCUGUCAACAGAGGAACCACAGCAGUAGAUGGAGCAGGCUUUGGAGUGGACCGACCUGCUGAACUCAGCAAAAACGAUGACGAAUACGAUGCUUUCCGCAAGAGAAUGAUGCUGGCUUACCGUUUCAGACCUAACCCUUUGAAUAAUCCAAGGAGGCCAUAUUACUGAAGAAGUUGUACUACAGUAUAAUUUUUAUCUUGUCUGAUACCUUUUCUUCAGUCUGUAGUUCGAAAUACACACCUUGGUAGCAUUGUAACAUUUGUCAGAACGUAAAAAUGUCCAAUUUUUUUUCUUGUGGUUGAUUCACUCCUGUUCAACUUGUUUUUUGGAAUAUGGUUCAAAUUUUCAUAUUUCAAAUUUUGCAUACAUUUCUCUUUAGAAAAACUGAAAUAUCACAAAAUUCUGACAUUCUUGACAUUAUCAAAACUCAUUCCAAUAAUGAUACUGUUUAUUUUAUGUUUGUUCUCAAAACAUCUCUUGUAAUGUGCUCUGACAUCCCAUUAAAGUUUUAUUGGUCCUCUAA